AUGCCCAGCUUUGAUAGUGUAUACGACAACGAAGCACAUAAGCGCGCGACGGUCAUUACAAACAUACUUUCAAAGUCUACCAACAUUGAUUUGGAUGUCCUUGUCCGUAUUAUGGCUUUCGCAAAUAACUGCAAAUUCUAUUUUGCAGUUUCACAGAACGGCGAUUUCCUGUCCGUUCCUCACGAGGCUCGUCUAAACGACAUGGUCUGUAUUCUCUACGGCUGCGAUGUUUCGGUGCUGUUGCGUCCAGAGAAUAGAGGGUUCUACACAUUCGUUGGCCAAUGCUACGUUCAAGGCUUCAUGCGUGGCAAAACAAUCGAAGGUCUCAGAGAUGGACGGUAUAAGAGCGAGAUGUUUGAACUGCGAUAG